CAAUAUGAGCAGACUUGUUUUAACGCUGCUGCUUUGCAAUUUGCUGAUCUGCAACUUGCAUGCGGAAAGAGAAGAAUUAACUACUAUAAGCGCCACUGUGCCAACCACUGUGCAGGCAACCAGCAGCAGCAGCAGCACAACCACAGAAACAGCAACAACCACAACCACAGAGCAGAGUGUUAAGCUGCUGGGCUAUCCUAAGGACGAUUGGCCCAAGCCCGUUAAGGUUGCCAUGGAGUACACGCUCACGCCCUUUGUCUAUGUUAGCAGUUGGGUAACAAAAACUGUUAAGAAUAUUUAUGCAUAAAAACUGAAAGUGCCGUACAGUGUUUUUAUUUCUAUUACGCCACAUUUUGCAGCAGGUUCACUGGCCUAGCUGUGGCAACUACUUUGCGCGUGCAGCGUGCCCUUGAACCUCACAAACUGCUGACUGCAUAGCCCAAGGACAUAUAUGCACUUAUUGUUUAGUUGGUUAUAUACCACAACUGAACGCUGCUCAUUAUAUUAAUGCAUAAAGAAUUGUAAAUUGCAGUCAGAAUUAGCCGCAAACCUUUCACAAACUACAAGCUUAGCCUUCGCUGAUUCUCGAUUAAAUUAUUGUACGUGCUUUAAGUUUAGAGAGUAUAAGUUAGUUGGCUAUAGCCUGCACUUUAUAUAGCUUGCAUUAUUUUGUUUAUGCAAGGGACAUAUGCAAAUACGUGUUGUGUGCAUUAGCAGCAGCUAGCAAGUGUUACACUGUUAGAAAAACUAAUAGACUGAAAACAAAGUUGAACUUUAGUUAACGAUAUCAUAGCUUAACUAAAAAUCGUUCCUUUCCUGAAAUUA